AUGAGGUAUCAAAGUGUGACCUGCCUGAUCAUCUGGCUGAGAUCCGGUGAUUGGAUGUGGAUGAGCAGGUGGAGAGGUGACAGUUAUCACGCCGUCAUUGUUAAUAACAGUGUCUCCACUGACAUUACACCAACUCUUAACCAUCUAUGCUGCGACUGUGGAGAUGGACGUCGAUGUGGAUGUGGACGUGGGUGCAGUGGAGAUAGGGCCGGAGGAACAGCACCACAUGAUCUUUAG